UCAAACAGGACAAACGUUCUCAUUCUGUAGCGGCGCGUUUCCUUUAGCCAACGAAGACCCGUGAGCGGUAGCUGUGGUUCCGCUUCCACCCGGGCGAGGCGGUCAUGGCCGUGCGGCCGGGCCGAGAGGGUGGAGAGAGCUCGGCCGCCCUGGCCACGGCGCAGGCUCGCUUCUCCAGGGGCGAGUUUGCCGAGGCCCGGGAGCUGUACUCCGCCUUCAUUGGCCAGUGCGCGCGUCACGGGAGCAAAUGUAGCCCUGAGGAUUUGGCCACUGCAUAUAACAACAGGGGGCAAACCAAGUACUUGAGCGUUGAUUUUUAUGAAGCCAUGGACGACUACACAUCUGCCAUAGAAAUCCUGCCCAGCUUUGAAGUUCCCUAUUAUAACAGAGGCCUGAUACGCUACAGGCUGGGGUAUUUUGACGAAGCUUUGGAAGAUUUCAAGAAGGCACUAGACCUCAAUCCUGGAUUUCAAGAUGCUGUUUUGAGCUUAAAACAGACCAUUUUAGACAAAGAAGAAAAACAAAGACGAAAUGCCAAGAAAAGUUACUGAAACCUUUAGCUUUUUGAGAUUUUAACUCAAGAUCCUUAAAUCUGCAUUUGAUUGGCUCUAAGAUAGGCAUGGAGCUAUUUUGAUUAUAUGUAAGAGACUGAAUUUUAGAAGUGAAAGUAAAAUGCUUAUUUUAAGAAAGAUCACGUUUAAUAGAUCUCUUAAUAGAGUAAAUAAAUGAUACCAGUGUAUAAAUGUAUUCUAUUCAGCAAAAUAUUUAAAUCAAUAUGUAUUAUUUUUAGUAAAGGUUUUAUUUUUACCACAUAUUUCCAUUCCCAACUUUGUAUUUUUUUCCCGCCUAUAGGAAAGUUGUUGGUAAAUACAGUCAAGUCACAAGCUCUUCACCUACUUAAAAUAUCACAUUUGCUUUUUCUGAAUACUUAAAACCAAAACUUUCCACUCUAAAGUCUGAGGCAGGAGGAUUGCUGUGAGUACGCUAAGCCUAGACUAUAGAGACCCUUAAACAAAACCAACAAAAAUAAAACAAAAGCCGGACAGAGCCUUUUUUGCUGACUCGCCUGAGAAUGAGAUACUGAUGUGACAACGCUUCACUCUCCAAACAGUUCUGCCUGCCUCUUCCUCGUCCACAGGCACUCACUGCUGUGACACCUAAUAAAACAAGACUACACAUGCUCCGUAGCCAGCCCGUGUCCACAGUCCCCUGUGGCUUCAGAUAAUUGCAUCAUAAUCUCAUGUCUCAGUAUUCUUUCCCUCUGGGGACAUCGCCUGCUCAUUUUCUCUGCAGUGUGUAGAGAACUCGCUUACUUUACAUAUGGUAAUGGGCUGAGAGACAGGACCCUUGG